AUGGAGUGGGCGAGGGCUGCCGCUGCUGGCGCAGGCGGCUUGGCACAACUGGGCAGCCUGUGGUACGGCCAGCGCUGUACCUGCCAGGUCGAGCUGGGAGACGGGUUCGCGGUGGACCGUGAGCUGCCGCGCCUGCUGGAGGGGCAGCUGCAUAGGUGCGGGCCCGCCAACCUCACGGUGCCGGCGCCGUGCCCGCCCCCAGAGUGCUCGGGCUAUCCUGGGCUGGUGGUCUUCUUGGUGGCGGUGCUGGCUUUCCUGGCAGGGUUCGCGGCUGCUGCCUCCUGCGGCUGGUGGUGCUUGAGGAGCUCGGAGGGUCGUGCCACGUCUGAGGGCUCAGGGACUCCGUGCCUGACCGACGGAAGCGAUGACCCGCGUGAGUUGUUGUGGCAUGAGCGCCUGCUGUGCGCGCACGUGCACGAAGGCUCUUGGGUGGUGACCACCCCCGAGAGAGACACGUACCUCGAGGACCUCCAGGAGGGCGUCGAGAGCCUCGUGUUGUUGGGUCCCAUGGGAGGCCUGCCGGAGAGCCUGCGGCUCCAGGCGGAUGGCGCGGAGCUGGCCUUGCAGGAGAGGCGCGACUUGGGCCUGGCCGCUUCUCCGCCGCCGCCGCCGCCGUCCACGGGCGCGCCUCCGCCGCUGGCGCUGGAGGGCGUGCCGAGCUCGGGCGAAGGAGGAUGGCGGUGCUCGGAGAAUCGCGGUGGUGCCAGGCUGGGCGAGCGCGUCGGCGACGCGGAGCUGGAGGCAGGCUGCCAUCGAGGAGAUCGUGGAGUGGCCCUGGUGGGCGACGUCUUCGUGGCCUGCGCCUUCUUCAGGCCGGGCCAGCAGAUGCCUACGCCCAGGGAGGUGGGGGCGGCGGGGCCUGUGUCCAACGAGCUGCGCACCCUCCCGGUGAAGUACGAGGCGGCCAGCCAGCGGCAUCGCUCCUACAAGGAGGCUGCAUCGCUGACCACGACGACGGCGUUCGAGGACUGGCCGAUCAGCGGCCCGAGGACGGCGGAGUGGCUGGCGAGGGAGAUCGCGCGGCAGGAGCUCACGCCCGUGCGCCGCCACUUCUGGUGGAGACAGCUGUUGGGCUUGGGCCCCAGCGAUUGGGGCGUCGGGGAGCACGAGUCCUUGAGCCGGCUCUUCGAGUACGCUCUGACGUACGACCAGCUAAACUUCGGCGAGCUUGCGUCGCUGGAACUUGCAUGCAGGCGCUACCAGCUGCUCGAGGAGAGGUGCGCCCGCGUGCUCAUCGCGGCAACGGCGGGUGGCGACAGCGGCCACCUCGACAACGACAGGCUGUUCAUGGGCGAGGAGGGCCGCCAUGGCCGAGCUCUUGUGGCGCUUGCUCUAGAGUCCUGGAUCUCCCAGAAGCUGCCCGAGGAGAGCGCGGUGCUCAAGGAGCGCCGCAUGGCGAAGGGGGAGCGGCAGCUGGCCCGCUCGACCGAUGUUGCCCCAGGUGUUGGAAGCGGCAAGAACGACGAGAAGCCCCCCAGGCGCCCGAAGAAGAAUGGUGAAGGCCUAGACUGGGCUCGGGACUUGCUGCCGUUGCCAUCUGGGCGCUGCCUGGCUGAUCUCCUGGAGGGACUCUCGCCAGCUGGCCUGGGUGUGUCGCGCUGUGCGGAUCGGCGGCGCUCGCGCCGACGAGCUGCUGUGGCGUGGCUGCAGGACGGCAUCUCGACGCUCAACGUGCUGGGCGGCCGCGGCGAGGAGUGGGGCCCCAAAGUGCUGCCAGGUGCUAUCCAGCGCCAGGCUGUGGCCAGCUUGGCCCGGGCCUACUUUGCCGUGCCGCUGCCGCCCGACGACCUCACCGCCUCGGGAGCGUGGUCUGCGCUUCGGGGCUGCGGUUCCGGCUACGCCGUUGCAGGUGUUGUCGCCGGAGAGUUCGCGACCUACCAGCGUGGCAGGCUUGCCCUUCCGGCGGUCGGUAACCAGGCGAUCGACCUCGUCAGAUGCCUGCCCGACCACUACCAGAAGUUGCUGGAGGAUAGUGGCCGCGCUAUUCGGCUACCAGCAGUGUGUACAAAGGACGUGGCGGCAGGGGUGGACGAGUUGGGCCCUGCGAUGGAUCCCAUCCUGGCGAGGUCGCCCAUCAAGUACGCCGAGUUUUUGAUGUCUGCAUAUGAAUCCGGUGUCGUCGAGCCGGCGACUGAGGUUCGCAGUUUUGUGGGAGUCUUCUUUGUGCGUAAGAAGGACGGCUCGUUGCGGAUCAUCUUCGAUCCUCGAAAUACGAAUUCGCAGUUUGUACCUCCAGAUAGUGUUGCUCUGACUUCUCCUGAGGCCCUGGGUGAUCUUGAGUUGCCUGCAGGCCAGCGGUUGUGGGUCAGUGAGGGCGAUGUCGAGAACUGCUACUGCCAGUUUUUGCUGCCCGACGACCUGAGGGCCGACUUCGCGUUACCUGCGGUGCCUCGGAAGCUGCUGCCGCGGAACCUGCGCCGCUUGUUUCCGCCCGAGGACGACUUCGUUCACUUCCAGGCGCGCGUGGUGCCGAUGGGCUGGAGCUGGGCCGUGGCGCUGGUGCAGGCAGCGAACGCGGAGCUGCUGCGGGCGGGUCCGCAAGGGGUCCGCCGCUGGAUCUGCAAUCGCCGCUGCGCGCCUGCUGUCGCCGGGCGUGAGCCCGCUGCUUUCCUGUACAUCGACAACUUCGCCUCGCUGGGGACCGUAAAGGAGACAGUCCAGCUCGACGGCGACUCGAUGGAGAGGCAGCUGAGGGGACGCGGUCUGACAACUCGCGACGUUUCGGGGCCGCAAGUUGACGUGGACCUGCUCGGGUUCCACAUCGACGGGGUGAAGGGGGCGAUCCACAUCGCGCCCAAGCGUUUCUGGAGGCUCGUCACGAGUCUGGACUACACCCUGAAGCACCCCCUCCUGACGGGAGCCGAGCUAGAGCGGCUGAUCGGGCACUUGACGUACGUGCUACUGCUACGACGCGAGGUGCUCAGCUUGCUCAGUGCGUCCUGCGUCUUUGUCAGCAAGUGCUACGCCCGUCGCGUGCGGCUCUGGCCUUCGGUGCGCCGAGAGCUGACCUGGGUGCGAGCGCUGCUGCCGCUGGUGUGGGCGGACCUGCGCGGCGCCUGGGCCCCCAGCGUGAUGGCCGUGGACGCCUCGAUGACUGGCUUGGGCGCGGUGGAGCGCUCCGCGGACCCCCAUGACGUCGGGCGCAUCGGCCGAGUUAGAGGGCGCUGGAGGUUCAAGGAGCACGAGCUGGUGGCCGAAGGCUCGCGGGCACGCGCCUUGCGUGAAGGCGCCGUUGGCGACUCUCCGUUCCCCGACGUGCCGUCGGACUUCUGCAGGGCCGCCUCGUGGAAGACCGUGGCCUCGAGACGGUGGCGCCAUCGUGCCCCCAUCCACCUUCUGGAGGGCGAGGCGCUGCUGUGGGCCAUGCGGCGGCAGUGCGCAGCCGCUGCCUGCGCCGAGUGCGCCGGCGAGCGGCCAUGGGCGAAAGCGCCUCCUGGGCUCGCCGGGCCGUGCGCGCUCGGGCCAGGCGAGGGCCAGUGCCCGACGCCCCCGACCCGCUGCCGCGACCCGGAGGUCGUCAGCCUUGCCGUGGCACCGCCUCCUGGGCUCGAGCGUGUCAGGACUGGAGCUGGAGGCGGUGAGGCCCUCUACCCAGCAGGACUACCUGAAGUGCCUCAGUGGCCUGCAACUGGCUCGGAGGUUGCGAAGCUGUUGUCGGCGGUGCUCUGGGCGCGACCGGCGCUGGGGCGGCCCCUGCGGGUGGUGCUGCCGAGGAGCAGCCGGGCGCUGCUGGGCUGGAAGCGCAAGCGGCCUGGCCACUCUCGGCCGCCGCUCCCUUGGCUGGUGCUCUGCGGCGUGCUGGAGAUCCUGCUGCUGAAGCGGGAGGUGGCGAUGGCGUGUGCUCUCUGCCUCAUGUUCCACUGCUACCUUCGGCCCGGGGAGCUCCUGGCGAUGAAAGCGUUUCAGCUGGUGCCGCCGGCUGCAGGGCUGCAGGGCGGGUUUCGCUGGUGGACGCUGCUGCUUCACCCAGAGGAGCUGCUUGUGCCCAGCAAGACUGGCGAGCUGGGCGACUCGCUGCCGCUGGGCGCGCCCGAGCUCCAGUGGCUGACGCCCGCGCUCAGGGAUCUGAAGGCGCGGCUGGAGCCCCGCGAGCCGCUGUGGAGUUUCGGCUACGCGCAGCUGCGCGAGGAGCUCGAGGGCGCGCUGGCGGUGCUGGGACUUCAAAGCCUCGGUGCCACGCUGCACUGCCUGCGGCGCGGAGGAGCAAGCCACGAUCGAAUCGUGGGAAGGAGGUCGCUCGAGGAGGUGGCCAAGAGAGGCAGGUGGCGAGCUCGCCUGUCCGUGCGGAGGUGCGAGAAGCACGGCCGCCUGGCGCUGCAAGUGGCGAAGGUGCCGCCCGCGGCGCAGGCGGCUGCGACUCAGCAUGCAGAGGCUGCCGCAGCUGUUCGCCAACUGCUCAACGCGACGCUCCACAGAGUGCGCCUGGGGCGGGAUAGGGUCGCCGUCGAGGUCUUCGCUGGGUCAGGCCGCCUCGCCUCGGCGCUUCGUGCCAGAGGAGUCCCCACGGUCGAGUGGGACAUCAUUCGAGGAGCGCAGUUUGACCUCACCAAGGUGUCCAGUGUCGAAGUUCUGAAAGCAUGGAUUCUCAGUGGUGAGGUCCCGAUCAAAUACGAGUGCAGUUGGGUAACCGUUUGA